AUGAUUCGUCCACAGUCUGAGAAUUUUUGGUACAGUGAAUCUGAAUUUGAAAUCAUGAAAAGAACUCUGGAAUCCGCCAAGAUCCUAGGGGCAGAUGGCUUUGUUUUCGGCAUUUUGAACAAAAUACCAGAAGAUGGGAAGCAACAUGCACUGUCGUGGGUUGACGUCAGCAGAAACAAACAGCUUGUUCAGCUGGCAGGUGGAAAACCGUGCACUUUCCACCGUGCAUUUGAUUGCAUCCCCGAGUCAUGUUGGGACGCCGCAUUCUCACAAAUCACCGAAUGUGGGUUUGCUGCGAUCCUUACCAAUGGGGGUCCAUCUAGUGACAAGGCCAUUGAUUGCGUCGACAAGUUGGCUACCCUUGCGUCAAAGCAGGAUCACCUCUUCAGACAACUAGCUCGGACAGGUAUCCCGGUGCCAGAUAUUAUUGUUGGAGGAGGAGUCAGAUCAACAAAUAUUCAGGCGUUACUGAAAGGUACAAACGCGCAUGUCUUUCAUUCAAGUGCGUUGAAGACAUCCAGUGAAGUCGUUGAAAAGAAGGAGGUUGAGAAGCUGAGAGAAUCCUUGAUGAUGCUUCGUAGGUCGCCUGAGGGGCAAUACAGCAUUGGUUAA